AUGAGUAUUCUACACAGGGCAGGGAACUUGUGGGACAAGACAGGAGAAUUGAAUUUCUGUGUCAGAGCACAGCUUUGCCUUAGAACGCACCACCGACACCCAUUUCAACUGCCGCAUCUGAGAAGACAUCACCGCCAGCAAGUUCCUCUCUUCCACCCUACUACCUUCUAUGGACAACGACGGGUCCCAGUGGACGUGUUACCCGGGUCACACGCGUUACCCAGAAGUUUGCAGAGACCCGUUUACUCAUACCUCUUCCAGUCGUCGUUCGCCUCAGCCAAACAGCACAAACACAUGUUCGAGUUACUGCGAUGCACCGGAAUUGAGUACCGGUCGGGAACUGGAAGAAUUCACGCCCCGGAUCAUUGGUGGGAAGCAAAAAUCAAGGAAAACCCGAAAUACGCAAAGUAUCGAAAUUUUGACUGCAGUGAGAUAUACGACACGUAUGGGAAAUUGUUCGGCGACACGGGUGACUCUACCAAAUAUGCGAUUUCCCCGACGAAAUUGUCGCAGCGUGGACUUGACUUGAGCACAAACAGCGACAAGGAGUACAGAGGCGACGCAGUGCCAAUCAACGCCGAUGGGACAGAUUCCAGUGCAAGUCCAGAUGACGAUAGAACAUGUUCGGCGAUGAAUAUAUCCGGGAACCGUAGUGGGGAAAAAAGAAAGGGCAAAUGCACAAGGAAACAAAGACGGAAGAAGAAAUCGUACGGUGCACGUGAGGUUUCAGCGUCGCUUGAGCAAAUGGUCAGUGUUGGUACUGAUCUGGCCUCCAUCGCAAGAUCAUAUCAUAAGGAUGUGAUGGCAGUUGGCGAUUGCGUUAAGGAACUACUGUCUUCGGGGCAUGUCCAGACAGGUGACGAGAUCCACCUCUUUGCACUGUGGUUCCUACGCGAAAAAGACAAUUGCAAAUCGUACGCUGCGGCUGAGACACCUUACCUGCGUUUUAAGUUCGUUGAGUAUUGCUUCGAGAGGGACAAGAUGUCACGACAGCGUAACGUGUGA